GAGGCAAGAGAGGCAGUCAAUGAUGCAUCAGAGGAACUGUCCCUGAUGGGUUCUCUUUGCUUCCUCAAAAAACUAGAGGAGAGGGAUGAACAGGUGACCGCUGUCCUGGGGUUCUACACUGAGGGUCGAGUCCAUACUCCCCUUCAGCAGUAAGUGUACAUGGCAUAGGCCAAAUGGUAAGUUUGACUAUGGCCCCCUUAGGCAUAACACCCUAGGAAUAUGCUGAAUGUACACAGAUAGUACACUUUUGUGCAAGUUUCAUCUGAAAAGAAAGAAAAAAUAUUUAAAUUAUAAAAACUGAAUUGUCCGCUUAAGAUUGUUCAUCCAUAAUAUAGUCCUCAUUAUUUAACCAUUGCACUGCCAGAGAAUAGAAUGAGGGCUAGGUGUUUACUACAUUGAGAUACUAGUUACAUAUGGGCUCAGUAAAACACGACUUCUGCAUAAGUGAAACAGGGCAAACGCACUGAAAACGGAUCAAAUACUAUUGUGGUUUGGGUGAUUUCAUAAUUAAUUAUUCUCUUGCAUGCUGAUUUCUAUCUUGUAUAUAUUGCUUGGUAACUUUAAUCAUUGAAUUACCAACAUUAGACUGAGAUGAUAAAAUUGGUGAAAUUACGCCUCAAAUUUUGAAAAAAAAGAUUAGCAGGUUGUUUCAAUGUGUAGUCCAAGGGGACAGAAACAUGUAGAUGUGUUGUUUAUUCUUACUGUUUACUUUUACAGGUUCAGAGAGGGCCUCAGCGUCUUCGUUGCUCUGGCUGCAAUCGAGGAGCACUGUGAUGUCCUGGCACCAGUCUUCCUGGCAGACCAGAAAACGCUGUGUGCCUCAGAUGUGGUUGCACUUUUUGUAACACGCAGCUUCUCACUGGCUGGAUCCAACAGGAAAAGAGCGGAGCUAAAAACCAUUGCCUAUUGGAGAGACUGGCUCCUGCAGGUGGAGGAUGGCGCAUCCCAGCUGAGCCUGGGAGAUAUCCUUAUUUUUUCCACUGGGCUAGACAAAAUCCCAGCAAUGGGAUUUCCCACACAGCCGGAGCUGGAAUUUCUCCAUCCGGAAGAUGGACCGGCCAUGUUCCCAAUGGCAAAUACAUGUGGACCAGUACUGCGCCUGCCUGUACAGCCAACAUUCCCCAAGUUUGAAAGUGCUAUGGAAAUGGGGAUUGGGGGCGCAAUUCAAUUUGGCAUACAUUGAAACCAAUUUCACCCGUGCUCUCAGUUUUUGUUGUUUCAGUUGUUCCAAAUCUUUUUCAGUUUUUUAUAAAAAAAUUGGAUUGACAGAGAAAAUGUAGAGUGUAACUUUCAAGUUUUUGACUUUUGGUUUCUUCUGACCCUCCAAACCGGAUCCUGGGUCUGUUCUACUGCAAUGUUCUUAUUAUUUUUUUUGUUGUGAAUAUAAGUUGUGACGUUUUAAAGAUGUGUUUGAUUCAGACAUUUGUUUUGACAUGUGCAGACUAUCAAUAUGUGAUUAAUAUGUUGUGUUGUUGAUUUCCAAUAUAUGUGAUUAAUAAGGUGCAACGUUGUUUUUUCUUUUCUUUUAAAUUCUUGCCCUGUUAUGUAUGUGGCACUGUUAUAGGCUGGCGACCUGUCCAUG